GUGUUUUUUAUGAAUGAAUGAAAACAACCACUUCUUCUUCAUCUUCUUCAUCACCACUGUCUUCACACGUGUUUUUUUACCGACACUUUUAAUUGUCCCGAAUAAUUCAAGGCCAACAUCGCCGAUGAUGGACACCCCCACCGCCAUCACCACUACCACCACCAACGGUGACCAAAACAACGGCGUCGAUAAUGAUGAUGAUAGUCAUGACCACCAACACCAACAACAGCAGCAGCCGCUAGACUUUCGGCUGAAGACAAUACUGGCACCAAUGGUCCGGACGGGAACAUUACCGAUGAGAUUACUAGCCUUAAGAUUUGGUGCCGACAUAGUCUAUACUGAAGAACUGAUUGAUUAUAAACUGUUAAGAUGUCGGCGAUCGGUAAACACAAUGAUCGGUACUGUCGACUACAUUGAUGAUAGCGGUUGUAUAGUAUUCAGGACUUGUCCGCCGAAAGAACGCCACCGACUGGUCCUACAGUUGGGUACUAGCGAUGCCCGACGGGCUUUGAGAGCCGCUAAACUAGUGGCCAGAGAUGUAGCCGCCAUCGAUGUCAAUAUGGGAUGUCCUAAAGAAUUUUCGAUAAAAGGCGGUAUGGGUUCGGCACUGUUAGGCCAACCGGACAAAGUCGGCGAUAUAUUGACAACAUUGGUCAGCAAUUUGCCGGCCAAUCUACCCGUGACCUGUAAGAUGCGUGUAUUGCCAUCGCUUGAUGAUACCAUACGAUUGGCCAAAUUGAUUGAGUCGUGCGGUGUACGGGCACUGGCAGUUCACGGCCGUACACAACAGGAACGUCCGAAAGACCGGAACCGCGAUAGCUAUAUCCAGGCCAUUGCUCAGUCCAUACGGAUACCGGUUAUAGCCAGCGGUGGUUCGGCGGAUAUUACCUGCUAUGAAGAUAUCGACCGGUUUCGUAGGCAAACCACGGCCGCAUCGGUAAUGAUUGCCCGAUCGGCCCAAAAGAAUUGUUCAAUAUUUCGUCGACCAAAAGCCGAUGGCGACGGCGGCGACCUAUUGGACAUCGAAGAAGUUAUCCGUCAAUAUCUGCGGCUAUGUGUCGACUACGACAAUCACGUACUGAACAUCAAGUAUGUCAUCCAACAGAUGUUGGGUCCGCUCCAAGACUCGGACAGAGGUCGGCAACUGUUGGCCGCCCAGUCGUUACCGACUAUAUGUCGACUCUGGCAUCUGAUCGAGUAUUAUGACGAUCAUCAACGACACAGUCGUCUUAAACGUGAGUCGAUGUCAUCCAAGUUGUUGUUCAACAAUGAAGACAACAAGUUGUCGACGAAAGUAUCGGUAAAUAAAAAACUGAAAACAUCUGCCGAUAAUGUUAUCAUCAGUACUGAUGAAGACAUGGAUCAGACGAUUAUUAUCCACAAAAUGGAUGUAAUAUUUAUGAGACAAUUGUUUGUCGAUCAGAAUUCACUGCCAAAAUCCCGUCUAAUGUCUUAUACGACCAGUCGAUCAAUGGAUCCGCCCGUCUAUCGAACGAAACAAUUGGACAAACAUUUUCAUACAGUGGUCACUGUCGGCGACGGCGGCGACGGUAAACACUAUGCCAGCCGUUAUCUCGAAAAGAACAAGCGAUACGCGGAACAGAUGUCCGCAUUGGUGGCCAUUAUUGCACUGAAUCUCAUCGAUGACAACACCGACGACAACGACGACGACGACUACCAAAAGAUUAUCAAUGAAUGUCUAGUUUUGUCCAAUGAUUUCAAUAAUCGGAUUACUGUUGAAAUUGAUGGCCAAUUUACGUAUGAAUAA